AUGGCAGCAGCGCCGGCAGCAGAGGGAGCGGUCCACGCGCUCAAGAAGCUCGAGGCCAACAAAACGUGCGUCAACUGCGGCGCGUACAACCGCUUCGGGCACCAAAACGUCUGCGAAAAGGUGCGCACGUUCGUCUGCAGCAGCUGCAAGAGCGCGCACCAGAGCUUCAGUAUGCGCGUCAAGAGCGUGAGCAUGAGCAACUGGACGAUGGCCCAAGUGGACGCCUUGCGCGAGCGCAACGGCGGCGGCAACGCCCGCGCGGCGCGCGUGUGGUUCGGCCGCUGGGACGAGUCGCUGCUGCGCCGGCCGACGAAAGACGACCCGUUGGAGUACUAUAAGCACUUUAUCGACCGCGUGUACAAUGACAUGGCGUUCUACGAGGCAGAGACAGAGGAGCCGACAACGGCAGCGACAACGGAAACCUCAUGUGGCCAGUUGUCAGUAGCAGUGGUAAAGCCAGCGGUGAUGUCGGACUUGUUGGAUUUGGACGCUGCAGCUCCCGUGGGCGCGCACCCGACGGCGCCGUUUGACGCGUUCGGCAGCUUUGGGCAGGAAGACGAGUGGGGGAACUUUGAAGCUGCAGUGGCUCGGACGGAUUCGGACGACGAGUUCGGCGCGUUCGCGUCGGCUGUUGCAUCGCCUUUGACGUCUUCUGCGAGCGACGAGUUUGCGGAUUUUGGUGCUGCGGUUGCACCUGCGUCGACGCACGCGGAGGCGUUUGGAGCGUUUGCAUCGGUCGCUCCUGCGUCGACGACGACGACAUCGGCGAUGUCGUUUGAUCCGUUUGUGACGCCGAACGGGUUUGCUGCUGUGAACGUUCCGGCGUCAAGUGGCGUCACAUCGUUUGGUUCGUUGACGUCUGCACCUGCGAGUCGAGUGCAGCAGCCGAUGGCCACUGCCGUAGCUCCAGUUGCGGCACGAAAGGACUUUAGUGUCUUUGACGGACUAUCGACUUUGCUGCCGACGUCUGGCGCUGUUCAGAGUGCUGGCAACGACUACAAGCGAGACCAGACUUGGGGAGGAAUGCACAUGCAGAGCCGCAGUCAGCAGCAGCUUCGAACGUGUGCGAGUGCGGACAGACAGCAGCAGCAGCAGCAGUUUGGAGGUCACUACCAUCAGCAGCAGCAGCAACCGAUGAUGAAUGGCGGUGGGGCUGGCAGGAACAUCAGCUUGUACUUCUCGCCCGACGCACCUGACGCUUUCGGUAGAGGUCCAAGCGCCGGUGCAAAAGUCAGCAGGAGGGACCCGUUCGCAGGCUUAGGACUGUAG